AUGACCUCCUUCGCCGCGCCACCGGUCAACCCGCCGACGCGCACCUUCGGCGGCAGCGUCGACAUGGAGGUCCUGAACGACCGCCUCUGGCCCGUCUUCGUCAGAGGCGCAUUAAGAGGAGCGCACCACGCGCGGAGCGAUCCCGUGGCGACGAUGAAGAAGCGCGAGUUUUUAAGGUUGCUGGAAGGAUGCGCUCCCCCGGAACAACUGACCGUCGUCUACCACGCCGAGGCGGGCCGGACCGCGAAAAGGACGUUCCCCUUCUCGGCCUUUAAAAGAGCUUUGUGCGUCGUCGCAGCUAGGUUGCAGCCGGAGCUGCGGCCGGCGCGAGCAUUAGCGGCAUUGGUCGACGCGAAGUGCGGCGGCUGGCCCAAACGAGAUAAACGGGACAUCGAGCCGGCCCGCGACGCCUGCGCGUCGGUUUUGAAAGCGUUCGCGCCGUGCCUCGCCAAGGUUUUUGCGUACUACGGCCAGACGCCGACGGACUUCGAGAUUAAAGUCCUGCAGCGCCACGCGCCGCGCGCCGACGUCGACCGCAUGCAGCAGUCCCUGCCCUUUUCGGGAUGGGCGACGUUCUGCUCGACCUUCAAUAUUACUGAUAGACUAGGAAGUGACGCCGUCGGCCAGCUCUUCGUGGACUCGUCGUCGGUGACGAACGCGGACACGCUCGGCGGGUUGGAGCUCGAGGAGUUUUUUGAUGCUGUAUUAAGGGCGUCUCUAUUGGUAAGCGUGUCGCCCGGCGGCGGCGCAAUCAAAAUUCCCGGCGCGGCGGCGGCCAAGUCCGCCGCGGAAGCCGAUAGGAUUGCCCUCAAAGCCGACUCCGCGCCGCAGCGCUGCCUCGCGGGCUUCCGCGUCAUGCGCGCGAAGCUGGAGAGGACUGUUCCUAGGCAGGCGAACGCGGGUCAUGGCACGUCGCGGCACUACUCCGGCGAGGCGCACUUCGCCGGCGGGCGCCAGCACGGCUCGUCGAACUACCACCUGCUCCUCGAGGGCGCCAAGGAGUUCCAGUCGCUCGCCGACGCGUGCUGGCGCGACCUCCAGAAGCACGCCGCGACGCUGCUGGCCGACGCGCCGCGCGCGAAGCCGGCGAGCCGCGCGGAGGAGCUCGACGACCUCCUCGAGGACCUCGCGGUCACGCGGCCCGUGCCGCCCUCGCCCUCGCGCCGCGGCGGCGGCGUGCGGACGCCGCAGGCCUCGCCGCGCGCCGUGACGGCGUCCCUGCUCCGCUAG